AUGCUGCCAUGCUUUCCUAGCAGAGCUCCAAUGGUGUUGUUGCGUUUCAAGGCCCUUUACCAGCCAAAUGCUUUUUGGUACGCAGGCUCAGCAUCCUUCGCAUUUCUCCAAUAUACAUAUCAUUGUACAUCAGGCGUAUGUAACGUCUAUCUGGCAGGUUACUCUGAUCUUCGUGCAAUCUCCAGUUUUAACGAAUGUACAAACAACGUAGCACUCCGAUGCACACUGCCAUUCGUAGGGUCUACUACGAACCAACUGUCGUUUGAUGCUAUACUUUGGGAUGUUCACUAA